AUGGGCCGCACCGUACUGAUGGUGGCGGAGAAACCCUCCCUUGCGGAGAGUAUCGCGUUUCAUCUUUCCAACGGUCAGGCAGCGAAGCGGUCACGUGCGUUGCCAGUGUAUGAGUAUUCGGGUUAUUUCUUCAAUACUCCUGCCUAUUUCAAGGUCACCAGCACGACCGGUCAUGUCUUCUCCUGUGACUUCACGCCGCAGCACCAGAGCUGGGAUCGCACGGAGGAAGAGGACCUCUUCAGCGCUCCUGUGGUUUGGAAGGACGAGGCGGGCAAAGUCAGCCGACAUCUCGCACAUGAAGCAGAGGGAUGCGACACGCUUGUGCUUUGGCUUGACUGCGACCGUGAGGGGGAAAAUAUCUGCUUUGAGGUUAUGCAGGUGGUUCGGCGAAGCAUUCACGACAUGCGGGAUAUUUGGCGUGCCAAAUUCUCUGCCAUCACCCGUGAGGAAAUCACGCAUGCCUUUUUACAUUUGGGAAAGCCUAAUAAAAAUGUUUCUGACGCUGUCACUUGCAGGCAGGAGUUGGACCUGAAGGUGGGUGUUGCCUUCACGCGCUACCAAACAAAGUACUUCCAAGGCAAAUAUGGCGAUCUGGACUCCAGCGUGGUCAGUUACGGUCCCUGUCAGACACCAACACUGGCGUUUUGUGUCCAGAGACAUGAUGAGAUUUUGAACUUUAAGCCAGAGAACUAUUGGAAAUUGGUGCCUGUUUCCAAUCGAUUUGGGUCCUUAAUGACAUUUGACUGGGCUCGCGGUCGUGUGUUUGAUGAUUUAAUGGCACGUUUGUUGCAUCAAAAGGUGUCCCACCAUAGAGCUGCGAAGGUCACGGAUGUCUCCGUGGGAGUUGACACUCGGGCGAGGCCUACUGCUCUCAACACCGUCGAGUUGAUGAAAGUUGCGAGCAAAGCCCUCGGUAUGGGCCCACAUCACGCCAUGCAGAUAGCGGAGAAUCUGUACAUUGGUGGCUACAUUUCUUACCCACGCACCGAAUCCACUGCCUAUCCGUCGUCAUUCAACUUUAUGGCUGCCCUCACCGCGCAGGAGCGAAGCCCAAUUUGGGGGAAUUAUGUUCAAGAGCUGCUCGCGCAUGGACACACGCGACCAAAGGCAGGCAAGGAUGCCGGUGAUCAUCCUCCCAUCACACCGAUGCGUUUAGCAACUCCUCAGGAGUUAUCCGGUGAUUCGUGGCGGCUGUACGAAUACAUCGCACGUCAUUUUAUUGCAAGCCUCUCACCGGAUUGUAAAUUGACUCGGACGAAACUUUUGAUUGAAAUUGGUGGGGAGUUGUUUAGCUUCACCGGGAAGGUGGUGGAGGAUCCGGGAUUUACGACAGUACUUCCCCAGUUUGCCGUAAAAGACGAUAAAGUACCAACAAACAUUCAGGUUGGGAGUGAUUUUCCCAUUUCGGAUGUUCGACUGCAGGCGGGCCAAACACAGCCGCCAGGAUACCUGACCGAGGCUGACCUCAUUGGUCUUAUGGAGAAACAUGGCAUCGGCACGGAUGCGUCCAUAUCGCAGCAUGUAAACAAUAUUGUAGAGCGUGGCUACUGUGCAGUAAAACCAGGUCGUGUCAUGGAGCCCACGAAACUUGGGGUGGUUUUGAUUCAUGGCAUCAAGAGCAUUGAUCCAGAGCUGGUUUUACCAUUGGUUCGAAGCAAGGUGGAAGAGUAUGUGACUUGUAUUGCCGAGGGUCGUGCCUCACUGGAUGAGGUGCUUUCCUAUUCACUGGACCUUUUUUUUGGGAAGUUUCGCUUCUUUAAACAAAACAUUGAACGAUUUGAUGCCCUUAUGGGGGCCUCCUUUUCAUCGCUCUCUGCUUUAGGGAAACCUAUCACUCGGUGCGGAAACUGUAUGCGGUAUCUGAAGCACCUAGAGGCCAGACCGCAACGUUUGUAUUGUGCCUACUGCGAGGUUACCUACGAGUUACCCCAGGGAGGGACCAUUAAACAAUACUCUAGCUUUAAAUGCCCAUUAGACAACUUUGAGCUUGUCAUUUGUCAUGUGGAUGGGGGGAAGUCUUUCCCCAUAUGCCCCAAUUGCUAUAACAACCCACCAUUUGAAGACAUUCAAAAACAGAGAGGAGGACGACAGCAUAUGGCAUGCGAUGAGUGUCGUCACCCUGUAUGCUACCAUUCCCUGGCUACGAACUAUGUGGCCGAUUGUGUGGAUGAGCGGUGUGACGGAUGCAUGGCAUUUGUUCCCCGCACCUCAGGAAAAUGGAAGAUCUGCUGCAACCAUUGUACCAUGAUGAUUCUUCUUCCACCCACCGCUCAGCGUGUAUACGUAAGCCCAGAAGAGUGUAGCGAGUGUGGUGCCAUGAUGAUGGAUUUACAGUUUCCCGAAGGAAAAUCGCCACUUCCAAACCGCAAAGAUCGCAUUGUGGCAUGUGUGUUCUGCGAACCCACCCUAAACUCAAACGUGACUGAGGUCCGAGGGCGCUUGGGCAACUUCAGCCGACGCGGGGGAAGAGGUGGAGGAGGCGGUGGCGGUGCUCGCGGUCGCGGUCGGGGACGGGGACGCGGCGGUAGGGGCAGAGGAGGGAGCAGGGGCCGGUAUUAA